AUGGAAUCCUUUGAUGGAAAAAAGCCUGUAGUUCUGGUGACUGGGGCGUCCAGAGGGAUCGGCCUCGCAGUGGUCAAGAUACUUCUCAAUGAACUGAAUUCUCGUGUUAUCGCGUUAUCACGCACCUCAAACGACGCAUUGCUUGCGCUUGCUGCGGAUCAUCCAUCGUCGUUGGCAGUCGUCUUGGGCGACAUGUUGAUCCCAAUCACGUCGAAAGAGGCUGUCAAGACUGCCUCGGAGCAGUUUGGGCAGCUCGACGGCAUCAUUUUGAACGCGGGUGUGCUUUCUCCUGCCGGUCCGGUCGCAUCUGCAACUGUAGAAUCCCCACCUGGUUCUGAAAGUGAUUCGUGGAAGAGCCUUUUUGACGUCAAUUUCUUCUCGCUCAUCUAUACUAUACAAGAAAGUCUUCCCAAGCUUCGAAGCUCCUCUGCUGGCGGAAAGAUUAUCAUGGUUAGUAGCGGAGCGGCUCAGAAGUCAUAUUAUGGGUGGGGUGCAUACUCAGCGAGUAAGGCUGCGAUGAACUCGUUGGCGAGGACACUGGCGACGGAAGAAAAGGAUAUUACAACGGUCGCAUUGAGGCCUGGCGCUGUAGACACCGACAUGCAAGCGACUGUGCGUUCCUCUGGGGACAAGAUGCAUCCAACAGACCUCAAGUCCUUCACGGAUAUGCAUGGCAAUGGCAAGCUUGUGAAUCCAGAUGACGUAGGCUAUGUAAUUGCCUCACUUUCUCUUUCUGCUCCCAAGGCUCUGUCGGGUCAAUUCGUCAGCUGGGACUCGGAAGACUGUCGAGAGCAUCGACGGCGGGUUUCAGGGUAG